AACACAUUUACAGCAGUACAACACAGAAUCGCUGCCGAGCAACUCUGGUCGUCUCUCCUCUCUCCACUUUGGACGUUUCUUCUUCGCGUCUUUGGAAUCUUCGAUCUGCUGCUUCUCCGGCCACCGCCCAGCGGAGUCCGGCGACAUCGCCACUGAUCGAAGCCUCUAAUAUUUCAGUUCGUCACUGCCCCGAACUCCUCACCGCUUACUGCCACAAGCAUCAUUGCUUUCUUGAUCAGCUUCCUGAAACCGUAAUAGGUUGUCGUCUCUGUUCUCAGCGAUGGCGAAUCAAGGAGCGAAGAAGCGCAAGGAAGAGAACGCUCGGCACAUGAGGACCCUCCUUCGCAUUAUCCUUAUAUGCAAUGCUGUAUAUAUGUUGGUGAGAUUUGGGAUUUUCUACUCUAGUUUAUCCUGGAUGCACUGGGUCGGGCUAGUAUUCACUUCUGUAGCCUACAUUUUACCUUACCAACAAUUGGCCGCCAUGGCUAAACCCAGUUAUGGUGAUGAUGGAGAGCUCUUUGAUGGUGGAUACGAUAUGAGUACUGGCGGAGUUUGCGGGUAUCUACAUGACGUGAUCUAUAUCACAUGUUUUGUCCAACUUGCAUCUAUCUUGUCGGACAAGUUUUGGUACACUUACCUAGUGAUACCAGGAUUUGCACUAUACAAAUCAUUUGGAUUCCUGAAAGGAUUUUUGUCAAUGGGUUCGGAGGAUGGUGAAGAAGAUGAGAAGACAAGGAAAAAGAGAGAGAAGAUGGAGAGGAAGGCUUCAAGAACUAAAUUUGUCAAGGCAAAAGGUCGAUGAUAUAUAUAUAUUCUAUUUAAAUGGGUUGGUCUUUAGUGAGGGUUGUUGGAGACUUUUGCAGUAGCGCUGCUGUUCUCAUGGCUGGAGAUGUAUUUUACUUUGUGUAUUUGGUCUUAGGAUUUGGAUUUUGAUUUUAUUUUAGCUAACUUUUUGCUGCAUGCACACUUUUGUUAACGGUUUUGAUAUUACCUAGCGACAUAAAAAAUUA